AUGGCAUUCAGGCCAUUCCUAUGCCUCACGUUACUAUGGACGACGUUCGGCGCCUUUGCUGGCGCGGCAUCAUCGCCUACCGUCCCGGCCGAGGUCCUCAACUUCGUGCCCCCCUGUGCCCAGGAAUGCUUCCAGUCAUUUAUCGUGGCCAACUUUGACUUCAAGACAUGCGGUAACUCUCCAUCGCUAGCAUGUCUGUGCAGUCAGACGGGAAGCUUGGGCUACACGGUAGGCGAGGGCGCCGUGUCGUGCAUGAUUGCCGAGAAGAGCAUCGGAAGGUGCCAAGGGGCAGAUGGAACCCCGCCGAGGACUCACGCGACCAUCUUGGCGACACUGGUCGUGCCUUCGGGAACUGGCCCCCUUCUUGUCCCUACACCAACGCCGACGACCAGUGCUACAAAGGCCAGUACCUCGGCGACCCGGACAACUAGUUCACCGGGCACGACUACUAGCACGGCGACAUUAGAUCCCGAGUCCUCGACGGCUUCGAGUGCCGGUAGUUCUACUUCCAGCACGACCACUGCGCCGCCGCCACCACCACCGGCAUCCACGGGUAGUCUCGACCAAGCCGCGGCCACAAGUAGUCGUCCAGCUCUCACUAGUCCACAGAUCGCCGGCAUUGUGCUCGGAGUUGCUGCCAUCGUAGUUUUUGCCAUUUUUAUCGCACCCGCCAUCGGCCGACCAGCCCCUGCCUUUGGUGCACUCGCAGGCUCGCCUCGGACGAGUUCGCCGACAGUCGGCAGGACGAAUGGCCCCAGGAUGGUUCAGAGGGUUGGCUCGGCUAUGGCGAUGGCGACGGCCCCUCCCCCACAUCUUCAGACGCCGCAACGGACGGUGCCGAGCCCGCCGAAGCCGAUGCUGACCAUUGACAUACCAAAAGCGGCCGGCAAAAUGACCCAAGCUUCGACCAAUAGACGAGACAGCAUAGUCACCGAGUUUGCCGAGGACGGGGAGGGAGAAAGCGCAUCCGGAACUGCAGUAUGGCGACCACCACCUACUGAUCCCCAGUCAGCAACAGCAUAUUAUUUUGCGGACAAAGGGGGCAAUUGGGUGCUGCGCAAUACGUCAACUCGGAAACCCGAGGCUAACAACACGCCGCCGAUGCUAGCCGCGCCGGGCAUUCCACAACUUGAACUACCGAGCCCCGAAGACAAAACAAAGGCCGAAAGAGCCCGGGAAGCAUUUGCUGAACUGUCGCCUGAUGCCGCAGUCUCCCCGCUCCGCCUUCCGCAAAAGCCUGGGCAGGGGAAGCUGGGCUCCCCGAUUGUGUUCAGAGAUCGCCAAGGGCCCAGAAUGGCCUCCCCCAAAACCUCCAAUGGGGUGGGUCAACCCGCUUCAGCUAGUCCAAGGAACAUCGUACCCGCCAAACAAGCAGUCCCAGAUAACUAUUUCACUACGGUCAGAGGGGCCCGCGAGCUGGCUAGCAGCAAGUCCAGGAGGAAGUCACGAAGGACAAGCCGUCGGAGGUCCCAAGAUUCAGCAACAUCGAUCGACUCAGCGCCGUCAGGGCCGUUCGAAGAUGACGACAUCAUCGAUGAUGAUUCUCAAGGCGAACUGUCUCCCGUUGCAGAGUCGCCCAUCCCUCCGGGAAGGCCACCUGUUCAAUAUCCCACGAUUUCCGGCCGCGGUAAUGUCCAAAAUGCAAACGGGUUUCUCCAACCUCCCAGAUACCCCAGCCUAAGAUCAGGCUCCCCCGAAACUAGGCUGGGCAACAUCCCUGCAAUCGAGCAGCAGAGGGGUCCGCAGCAACGACAGCAAGAGGCAAAAUACACAUCUCGUUACUGGGGUCAACAGCAGCCACCACCUCAAGCCCAGCAACAGCGGCGGCCAUACCCCCCGGCGCAACAUCCAGGCGCGCGUCCUACGCAACAGGGAUACUAUACCACACCUCCGCAGCAGGAAUGGCGCCCGCCCCAUCCCCAGUCUCGCCAGGCUGCCCACGUUGCAGACAAUAUAGCGCAGAGUUCGUUGUUGGCCAAGCGUCUGGGCGCAGAUAAGGCGGCAGCGCUCCAGCUUGGUGGCCAAGAUGCUGCCCUGAAGAAGAACAAAACGGGAUGGGCGCGGGAAAGCCUCGGGCCUCAGGGCCUGGCUCCUCCUGCGUCGAUGCGUCCGGGGUAUGCCCCUCCUGCGGCUGCCGGGCCCGCGUCUCCGGCGUUUGGAUGGAGGCCGGAACUGACGCCAACCCGGCGAGGUGACGAUUUGUUUCUCAAUGUGCGGUGA